AUGGCCAUUUUGCGGCAAUUUCUGCUGCUUCUCUGGAAAGACUGGGUCCUGGUCCGACGGAACAAACUAUGGACCUUUUUCGAAAUCGUCAUUCCGCUACUCAUCACCCUUCCCAUUGUCAUUCUCGUCGUCAGGGUUAGUUUUGACGGAUUUUUUUAUUGGAAAUGAAGAAAAAUCUGUUUGAAAAAAAGAUAAUUUUCGGUUGCUACUCCAAGAGAAAGUUUUUCCGUCUUAGCCUUUUUUUAAAUAGCUUCUCUGUUUUUUUAAUUAAUUUUUUUUAAAAAAAUAAUGUUGCUGAAUUUCAACCGCUUCCUGUCCUUAUAAUACAUCCCGAUGUAGUUUUAAAUCGAAAUGAAGAAAAACUAAAAAAAUGGAAGCUUCAUUUUUUUCGAAAAAAAGCUUUAUUUCUUUCCUCAAUUGAAAGAAAUAUUCACAGAUGUCUUUUUGAAAAAAAGAUUUUUUUGAAAUUUAACUUCUUUUUGAAACAUUUUUUUGGAUAAUUAGUAGAUUAUAAGCUUUUUAGAAGCUUUUUAAUUUUUAUUUUAAUGGAACAUCGAUGAUCUUAUCACCACUCGAUAGCUGAGAAAAAUUUGAUAUCUAAUGACUUUCUUAAUCUUUCAUGAAAUAAUUCGGAAAAACACCUGAUUUAUUAAUUAAAUUUAAAUGCUUUUUUUCACUUAAGUGAAACCUUGAAAUAGUUCGUUUUAUGGAAAAAUUUGGAGGAAAGCUAUGAAAUUUAUAUUCAACUAUUCAAAAUUUCAAUCAAAAAAAUGUGUACAAAAAAAUUUUUUUUUCAAUUUUAUUCAAUUUUUUUGUUCAUUUCCCAUUGAUAUGAAAAAAAGGGCUUCCUUUGGAGAAAUCGAGAUUUUUUUCCGAAAAACAUAAAAACUUUUUAAAUUUAAUUUUUAAGCUCAAAAAUUUUCUCUAGAAGAAAAAUUUUUUUGAAAAAAACGUAGCUUUUUGAAUUUUUUUGAAUCAUUUUUGAAAUAGGAAAAAAAUUUUUAAUUUCUUGUCGGUAGAAUCGUGUUUUCUUAACGAAAUAAUCAAAAAAUUUGUCGAAAAUGUUUCAAAUCUAAUUCUUUCUCUCCAGAACGCGAAUAUAAACCUCGCUCCGGAAAUCGAACACGAAUCGUUCACGUUGCGAGGUGACGCCGAAGACGUGACGACGUCCUACGGCCACACGAAAACGAUUAUCAAAAGAUGGUGCAACAGGAAUGACGUCAUUCUCGGAUACACGUUUAAAGGAUCAAAAAGAAGGAGAAUCAGAAGAAGUUUCAGAACGGCCUCGGCAAGUUUCAACGACGAAGCGGCGAUGAUCAUGAAGAGGCUUUCGGAGAGGUUCGCAUCCGGAAGGGUCAAUGUUCAAGUGGUAAGGAUGUCGAAAGCUCAAAAUAACUAUUCGCCGCUAUUUUUGAGAAAAAAAGUAAGAAAAAAAAAGAAAAUUCAGAAAAAAAAAAUCCAUAAUGAGGAAUUUUUACAAAACCGUACAGCUCACCUUAUCGCUAGUAGGACAUUUCUACAAAAAGUCUCCUUUUUUGACAAAAUCUCUAUCUCUAAUCGUUUCAAGACCUUUAUUAAUAUUUUUGCCCAAUGAUCUAUAGGUUAAAGAGUUUUUUUAAAGCCCGGAAAAAAAUUUUAAAAAAAUUGACACGUUAAGCUUAGAACAAAAAUGUCCCCCCUUCCCACCCGAUUUCUGAGAAUUCAAUUUAAAAAAAGACCUUUUUAAACUUCGAAUUCGAAAAUAACGGAAAACUUUUACGAUCCCCCGGGCUACCUUCAUACUCAAUUUAUUUAAUUUUUGAAAAAAAAAACCGAAUUUUCAAUAGCUUUUUUCAUCAGGAAAUGUCCAAACGACCUCAAAAAGGCCUUAAAAGAAGAGUCUAAAGCUCCUUUUUGAGUUCCUAAAAGGUGUCAAAAGUCUCUUGGAAUCUCCUUUUUUUUUCACAUUUUUGCCUUCCCUUUUUACACCUCCUUGAAAGGUCCUUUUCAAAAGUAAGGCCUAAAAAAAGCGCCUUUGAGGCCUUUUUUCCGAAAGUCCUUCACGGGCAAAUUCCAAAAGUUCUCAAAAAGGACGUUAGGAAAAAAGGCUUCAAAGGUGUCUUUUUUUUUGAAUCUGUUUCUGAAAAGGACCUUUUAAGGAGGUGUAGAAAGGGAAGGCAAAACAUGUGAAAGAAGAGACUUUUGACACCUUUUCAGCAAUUCAAAAAGGAGCUUAAGGCUCUUUUUCAAAGGCUUUUUUGAGAUCGUUUGGACUUUUCCUAUGUUUUUUAGACCUUUUGGAUUUUGCCUGUGUAUAAUAUUAAACUGUUAAACGUUGAAAUUUCUUCAAGAUGCGCAGAAAAUUGUGUAUUGUAUCCAUUUCAGGACUUUAAAAACGACGAAGAAACGUUGAAGCAAACUUUGAAGGACGACGCGCCGAACGGAACUUAUUGUGCUAUCAACAAGUAAGAAUAAAAACAGGAAAAUUAACAUUUGAAGGUAUUCCAGGUACAUUGGAGGUGUGGUUUUCGACAAUUUGAACGUGGCGACUCGCGUUCUGGAAUAUCGAAUUCUGAUGCCGACGGCGGUCGAAGAGCAAUGGCACAUGGACGAAUCUUGGAACAAGGGACGAUCUUCGAGCUACUCCAAGUGGGAUUAUUUAUCGAUUGAAAUGAAAUUGAAGUUGGGAGGAAAAUUGAUCUCGAGUUUGAAGAGUUACAUCAGGGAGAUAUUAAAAAAAAGAUUCAAAAUUUUUUUGAAACUCGAAAUUUUCUCACAUAUGCAAAGUCGAAAAGGGUGAAAAGGCUCCAUAGAAAUGUGACUUUUAGGAUGAUGAAGGUUCCAUUUUUGCUGCCUUUUUGCGCCAUUUCUCGAGCCUUUAAAAUUCCAGAAAAAUGGAAGUCUUGAUAAAGGGACUCUUUUUGCUACUUUUCUGCGACCUUUUUGCUGCCUUUUUUAAGCCUCUCCCCUUUAGCGACCAUCAUCCACCAUCCCGACUUUGCCCGAGCGAAAACUCUUCGAAAAGCUUGAUAAAGAUUCCGAAGGCUUUUGAUUUUGUGGAUUUUUUGAAAUCAGCAAAAUUAGGACGGGCUUUUAUUUUUGGUUUUUUUUUACAGUUGAAAAAAGCUAGUUUAUGGGAUACAUUUUCCAAAAUUUGCUUCCAACAAAAUGUUGACCUGAAAUCAUCAUUUUGCGACUUUGAAAGUUCUUCAAAAAUAAGAAGCAAAUUUGAAAAAUUAUUAAAACCAGAAAAAUAGGAAAGUUUUUUUGAAGAAACCAAUAUGUAGGAUUUUUCACCUUAGCUUUUUAAAAAAUUGUUCCGAGCGAAUCUUCAGGAAUUUCCUCACUGCACAUUCUUAAAGGGGUUGAAAAAAAUGAAUUAAUUCAAAUAAUUUCAUCGAAAUCUGACGUUAAAGAAUAAGAAUUAUUUUUUUAAGGUCUUAUGAACUAACCAAAAUCUGAAGAAUCGAAAAAUAAGAUUUUUCAAAAGACGCAAAAAGAAACUGAAAGCUCUGCUUGAUGAAUUUCAAUAAAUGGAAAGAAAAUCAUAGGUUUUUUCGAACUUGAAAUAUUGAGUUCAUUUUAUUUAGAUCCCGGAUACCAGCUGAACCGCCGUAUUGGUCUUCCGGAUUCCUCACGAUCCAAUAUGCCAUCGAAUCUUCUUUUGUUGAGGUUUGCGCAUUUUUUUUAUUCUUAAAGAACAAAAAUUUUGGUUUUUCAAUUGAAUUAUUUUCUCUUCAUAAACACUAGUAUAUCACUUUUCAUGAGUUUCCGGUUUCAAAAAUGAGGUUUUGAGGUUUUUAUAGUCUUAACCAAGUUUUAAUCCCAGCCGUCGUUUUAAAAAAAAAACCGAUUUUAAGUUUUGAAUUUCAUUUGGGAACGCCAGACGCUUAGAACCUAUUUAACCCCUAUAGGGGCACUAAAGCUUGCAGAAGUGACCACUCUAGGGAGACAUUCCAGUGACCCCUAGAGAGUCUUGUACGUCUUUUUAACUUUCAAGUCAGAAAAAAAAAAUUUAAAAGGCCACUAUAAGGGUCACUUUAGUUUUAUGAGGCCUAAAAACCCUGUAGGGACCACCAAAUUUUCACCCCUCUAUUACUUGGGAACUCCAGAGUGGUCCCUAUAGGGGCCCUUGGAGGAUCCCCUGUACGGAUCACUUUACCAAACUUAUAGGGGUCAAUGAGGCUUGCAAAAAUUGUCCCUCUAGGGAUUUUAUUUACUGGCCCUUGUAGGGGGCGUGCUAGUCCGAAAACUGAAUAAAUUAGCGUUAUUUGAAAAAAAUUGAAAGACCCCUAUAGGGACCACUUAAGCUUUAUGGGUUAAGGGAUCAGAUCCUAAAUCCCUAUAGGGGCCACCUUGAUUUUACCCUUUAGGGAGCACUUUUUCGCCUCCUAUAAGAGCUUUUUCUUCCUAACCCCUCUGGGGACCACUCUGGCACCCCAAAGCAAAAAUAACUAUUCCCAAACAAAGCUCUCAAAUAUUGAACUUUAACUCGAAAAAAGUUCAAAAAUAUGGAAGUAUGACCACAUAUUGAAAAAUAUUGAAUAAGCAUCGGGAAGAAUUUUUUUUUGAAGUUUAAAUGAAAUCAAAAAUGAUAAUUCUCUUCUUUCCAGCGAGUCACAAACGAAGAAAUGAUCGACACGCCGUUGAACCUGCAAGCCUUCACCGAGCCGAAAUUCAGCAUCAAUUCGGUCGCCGAAUUUAUUGAUCUCCUGCCGAUUUUGUGGGGAAUUUGCGUUUUCACCACGGUUCUUCAUGUGGGAAGAGAAAUCGCCGCCGAAAAAGCUGGCGUCAAGGUGAACAAUUGGGAUUUUGACAUGAGGAGAACUCAUUUUUUAAUCACAGAUUACCCUUAACCGUUUCAAAAAUUAUUUCAAAUCGUAUAUUCAACAAAACUUCUUUGAAAAAGAAGACUCAGAGACUUUUUUUAGUGACAUUUGUUGAAAACGGCGCUUUCAUAGUGAAAAAAACGAUGGUUUAUGUGAGAGUAAAUAAUUUUAUUAUACUUCUUUAAUAGAAUUUAUUGCUAGAAAAAUUAAAGUCAUAAAAAUCUAUUUAUCAAGACUCUAAAAACUCGGCCAGUUUUUUUAAAAAAUCUUUUUUUGGUUUAGAAGCUUUGACAUGAAAACUUGGAAUUUAGGCAAAUUUAAAAUGUCAAAAAAGAAAAUUUUGUGGUUUUCGGUUGAUUUUCAGUUCUAAGCUUUUUUUUAUUUGAGCUUUUUGUUUAGGAAGCAGGUUCAUGAGAAAAAAAGAAAAAAAUUAAUCAAACAUUUGAAAAAUGAAGGAAAAAAAUACGAUUUUUUUAAAAAAUUAAAAAAAAGUGGAAUAUAUUUUUAGCCUUUCUUGUCCGCCAUGGGCCUUUCCACACCGAUGUUCUACCUGACCCACGUCAUUUUUGCCUUCGCCAAGUGUUUGAUCAUUUUCCUGGCGUGUGCUAUUCCGAUCACCACUGUCAUGAAGGUUUCUAGAGAAGCCGGUACCCAAAAAUAUGAAUUUUUCCAGUUCGUCUCCCCAUCUUUGUUCCUGGCUGUAGUAUUUCUCUACGGCCUCGGAGCCGUCACUUUUGGAGCUUUGAUCGCUUCAAUUUUCAAAACAUCCAACUCGGCUCUGAAAGGUUUGAAGUUGAAAAAUCUGACGGAAAAUUGUGAAAAAUAUUGGUUCGAGUGAAGAUUUAUGUUUCCAGUAGUUUUUACUUUGAAGAAAAAAUGCGUAGCUUCUUUCCUAAGUACUGGGGAAAUUGUUAGUGGCCACUAUAGGGUUUUGACGUUUUAGUGGCCACUAUAGUGGUAAAAUUAGCGCCCAUUCAAGCGGUUAAAAAUUAGUGGCCACUAUAGAGGUCUAAGUGCUACUACCAGACCACUGAAAACUCUAGUGGCCACUUUAGGGGUCAAUGGAUCAACAUAACUGGUCCAAUCUGUUUGUUUAAAAGUUACCAGAGUUACUGGAAGGAAUACUGGAUGAAAAACUACUGAAGGGGCCACUAAGACGCAAAAUAGUGGCCACUUUAGUGUCCUCUCGAAGUAGUUCUUGAAGAUUCUCUCAAGUGGCCACUUGAGUUUUUCCCAGUAAAAAAGUCUGAAUUGACUAGGAAUUCAUUCAACUCGGGAUUUUCUCCAAAUAGCCUAUUUGAACUAUUUUUGAGGGUUCUCUUCGAAUUUUAGGUGACCUUCUCGGAAACUAUAAAGUUUUGAAGGUUGAGACUUUCAGAAUCUUCAUCUGGGGCCUCAAGAAAUGAUGGUUUUUCAAAAAUUCCCAGCCGCAAAGAAAAAUGACCACCCUUGUCAUUUUCAGCUCUGAUCAUUCUGUGGUGUGCCUCGAUUGGAUUGGCGUUCAAGUUGCAGCCCAAGAUUGACCAAAUCUUUGCCUGUUUCGCCUAUUCCCUCAAUGUGAAUGGAGCCUUUUUCAUGGCCGCCGCAACCAUCAAGGAUCACAUGAAUCGUGGUAAAUUGAAACUUCCAUGGUGCGAAAAAAAUAAAAUCACGAAAAGUCCGCAAAGUCGCGUGCGGGGUGAGAGCGUGUCUGCAGACUUUUUGAGGAAAACUCGAUGGCGAAUAAUAGAUUUUUUUUUUCGUUUUUUGUUGUUUUCAGAGCUUUUGAUCUUAUUUUGCGGGUUUUUUUAUUUUAAAUUUUUGUUUUAGAUAUAUAAUGUGAUUUUAAAAAAAUGAAAAUAUCGAUUUAUUGACAGUAGACCAAUAAAAAAAUAGGAAUUCACGAAAUUUAGAAAAAUUUCCAUACAGGAUUACCAAUAGACAAAAAAAUUUAUGGUUUUUUUAGGAUUUUGUAAGUUUUCUGAAUGGGAUUUUCAAAAAGACUUUUUGGGGAGAAAAAUUAAUCUCUUCACGAAAUUAGUAUGGAUUAGAGACAGAAAAAAACACAAAAAAAAAAUACAAAAAACACAGAAAAACAAAAAAAAUUUCUAAAUGAAUCAGAAAACAACUUUUUCAAUCCAUAACAAAAAAAGAACAAAUAGGAAAAAAAUCAAGAAAUGUUUUUUUACGGGAAGCCAAUUUCGUAAUCUAUUUUUUUCGUAUCAUCAAAAUCCAGAAUUUCCCAUCGAAAUGUUCGAUUUUUUUCAAGAAAAAAACCUCUGACGUGGGGGAACUUGUUCGAAGGGUCGACCCUGCAGUUUUCCCUCGGCUACGCCAUCCUCAUGCUCCUUUUCAACAUUCUCUGGAUGGCCGCCCUGACGUUGCUCCUCGAUUUCAUCCUUUCUCCCUUGGAUUUCGACAUCCGCAGCUUUUUCCGGAAGAAGGAGACUGAUGUUUAAGAAAUCAUUAGUUUUGCUAGAAUUUUUUUAUGAUUUUUUUAGGAAAUGACUCAUACGGAUGGAGUCACGGCGUCCAACACGAGGGCCAAUGAGAAUGUGAGUUUUCGAAUUUUUUUGGUUAAAAAAACUCUUGGGGGAAUUCUAGAAAGAGGAACAAGCAAGUGAUUUUUUUGAGGGGUUUUUCAAGUUUUUUUAGCAAUUUUAGGCCAAAAAAAGGGUCAUAACCGUAAAAAAAGAGGUUUUUUUGAUAAGUCCGGACACCUUCAAAAAAAGAAAAAAAUCGCCUUCGGGAUUUAAAUUUUAUAAAUUUUGCUGUCCCCUUUUUUUCUUAUUUCUCUACAGAUUGUUGGCCAAUAAAAAAAUUUUUUUGAGCAAUUUUUUUGAGUUUUUUUCAAAAAAUUUUUUUCGGCUUUCCUGUCAGGAAGAUGCAUGAAGAAAUUGAUUUUUUUGAAGAUUAUUUUUUUGUGCGAUUUUUUUGGCCAAAAAAAUAUCAUAAUUAUGAAUAAUUAUGGUCGGAAAUUGAAAUUAUCAUGGGGGAGGGGUCAAGUUGCAAACAAAGAAAAAGGGGUAUUUAAGGGUUUUCUCCUGGAUUUUUUUAGUUCCUUAAGUUUUUUUCAACAUUUUUUUGCAGAUUAUUGGCCAAUAAAAAAAUGGUAGCAAAUUUUUUUCUAAGAUUAGAAAAAAAUAUUUUUGAGGUUUUCCUGUAAGAAAAAAAUCAAGAUUUUAAACGAAAAAACUAAUUUAGGACAAAAAAGGAUGGUCGGAAAUUGAUUUUUUUUUUGGUGAAUUUUCAAAUUUUUUUUUUCAACUAUUCAAAAAGUUUGAAAGCCACGUUUUUUUCUAGAUUUUCAAUUUUCCAUCACCAUACAUUUCCAUAUUCUUGAAUUAUGCUUAAAAAGUGAUUGAUUUUUCAAAAAAAAGAUCAAAAAUUUUAAUAUGAUCGAAAAUUUUAAUAUGAUCGAAAAAAAAAUUGUCAUUUCAUAACUUUCAAGCUUACAAUCCUCUUUGAUACACGUUUCAAAGGACUUAUAGAAGAGAAAAUAAACUCGAAAAUCUGAUCUAAACAAAACCCAUAUGUUGAGUUACACAGUAAUUUAUUAUGGGAAAAAAAUUAAUAAACGAGGUCAAAAAGGGAAUUAGCAUACUUGGAACAAAAAAUCAAGUUGCUAAAAAAAUUCGUUAUUUUUGGAUGUAGAUUGAUCAAAUUUUGAACGUCAAGUUGUCGCUUAAACUCCGCCCCUAGCGACGCGAUAAACCAAUCAGAGCGCGAGCCAUCCAGAGAGCGUUUUUCAAUGAUGCAGGGGUCCUUAACUGAAAACCCUAUAAAAGAGGUAAAGUAGUCCCUAGAGGGAAAUCUUCGAAGGCUUUUGCCCCUACAGUGACCACUAAGGAGUUCCCAAGUUGUACUUGACAUUCAAAAUUUGAACCGGCUAUAUAUACAGUACCGCUCAAAAGUCUAUUAAGUUUUGGUUUUUUGAGCAUAUCUCAGCGAGUACUUAUCUGAUUUAUAUAUAACUUUCAGGGAUUAUGUAAAAUACACUUUGAAACAUAUACGGUAUACAAAGACAUGUCCGCAAUCACUGUGACGCGUUUUAGGCAUUUUUUUAUUGAUUUCAAUUUUUGUUUUUUUAUGCUUUCAUUUUUUUAUUUAUUUUUUUAUUAAAUUUUUUUAAAAAGUAAUAUUGUUGCCAUAUGUUUUUUUUCAUGUUUUCAGACAUGAGAAGAACCUCUCGAAAAAAGAAUUUGACUGAUAACGACAAAAGAGCCAUCGUUAGGAGUCGUCAACUGACCAUGAUGACGUUGGCAGGAAUGUUCGGCGUGACAGAGGCGUGCAUUUCUCAGUUCCUAAAGCGUUGGAAAGCUCAAGAUGGCUCUACUAAGAGCCAACGCACUGGAAAACAACGUGUCAGUGAUCGUAAUGGCGAUAGAAACAUUUUGAAGACGUCCAGAACCGAUCCAAGACUCACCGCCCCUGCGAUCAGGCAGGAAGUUUUCUUGAACUCGCCAUCUCCGCCAUCCGUCUCGACCGUGAAACGACGUCUGAAUGCUGCUGGAAUCAUGGGAAGACGUCCAGUGAAGAAACCGCUGAUUUCUGAAAAGAAUCGAGCCUCCAGGGUGAAGUGGGCGAAGGAGCAUCUCAACUGGACCCGUCAAGGCUGGAACAAGAUUCUGUGGUCCGACGAAAACAAGUUCCUCCUCUUCGGGAGUGACGGAAUUCAGUGGGUUUGUAGACCAAUUGGGUCCAGAUAUCAUCCGAAAUACCAAUUACCCCCUGUGAAACUUGGUGGAGGACCGUUUCGUCGGACCACAGAAUCUUGUUCCAGUCUUGACGGGUCCAGUUGAGAUGCUCCUUCGCCCACUUCACCCUGGCGGCUCGAUUCUUUUCAGAAAUCAGCGGUUUCUUCACUGGACGUCUUCCCAUGAUUCCAGCAGCAUUCAGACGUCGUUUCACGGUCGAGACGGAUGGCGGAGUUGGCGAAUUCAAGAAAACUUCCCGUCUGAUCGCAAGGGCGGUGAGUCUUGGAUUGGUUCUAGACGUCUUCAAAAUGUUUCUAUCGUCAUUAAGAUCCGUGACACGUGAUCUUCCAGUGCGUUGGCUCUUAGUAGAGCCAUCUUGAGCUUUCUGACGCUUUAGGAACUGAGAAAUGCACGCCUCUGUCACGCCGAACAUUCCUGCCAACGUCAUCAUGGUCAGUCCAUUUUGACGACCCACAACGAUGGCUCUUUUGUAGUUAUCAGUCAAAUCCUUUUUUCCAGAGGUUCUUCCCAUGUCUGAAAAACAUGAAAAACAUAUGGCAACAUUAUUAAUUUUAAAAAAAUUUAAUAAAAAAAUAAAUAAAAAAAUAAAAGCAUAAAAAAACAAAAAAAUUGAAUUCAAUAAAAAAAUGCCUAAAACGCGACACAGUGAUUGCGGACGUGUCUUUGUAUACCGUAUAUGUUACAAAGUAUAUUUUACAUUAUCCCUGAAAGUUAUAUAUAAAUCGGAUAAGUACUCGCUGAGAUAUGCUCAAAAAACCAAAACUUAAUAGACUUUUGAGCGGUACUGUAGAUAGGCUAGAGGAGGUUAAAAUAAACAGUUUUAUGAGAUUUCUAGAAACUUCUGAGCUUCACCAGCUUGACAAGCAUAUUGAUUCCGAAAUUCCGGAAAAAAGGGUUUGAAAAUCGAAUUCCUGUCUUUAUGACUUCUAGAUGAUGCCAACGACAUCACAAACACUCCCACUCCCCAGUUCGGAUGCCGAUUACCUCCUCGAAGGGUCCACUCAAGUGGACGGCGCCAGAGACUCGGCGGUGGCUGGUAUUGAUGUCAGCCGACUUGUCAAGGUUUCCGCGAAAAAGUAUCCUUGGAAAGAGAGAUUUCAAUCUGAAGAUCUGGUCCUCAACUGGAGAACGAGCGGUUGACGGACUCUCCUUGAGAGCCGUCCGAGGCCAAGUUGCCGUUCUGUUGGGUCAUAACGGAGCCGGUAAAAGUACAACGUUCGCCAGCAUCGCCGGAAUCAUCAAGCCGACAAGCGGUGAAUAUUUUUGGAUUUUAAAAUAGGUAUUUGGGAUUUUGUAGAGCUUUUCAUUGCGCUUCAAAUGGUGUACUUGAAAUUUUACAGAAGUUCUCAGUUCUCGAGAAAAAUUGAUAGAAAAGGGAGCGAAAAAAUUUUGAAUUUUCGCGCAAAAUGCAUCUUGCAGCAAAGUUGCUCUAUGGAUAAAGAUCAGUAAAAUAUCAAAACUUGAUGAAAAACUACUUUUUGGAGCUGUUUUUCGCUUUUCGAACGGUCUAUUCGAAAUUUCAGAGAAAAAGUUGCUCUAUGGAUAAAAUUUAUCUCAAUUUUUUUUUCUGAUGCCGUGUUCAAAGUAAUUUCCGCGAAAUGCAAAUUGGUCUCUGACCCUCCAAAAUUUAGUUAUCUUUCUCUUUCUCUGACGGCUAUUUUGAAUUUCGCGGAAUCACUUUGAACACGGCAUAAACCUCGGUUACGCGAACUAGACGCACUCCGGGCUUUUCCGGGCAUGUCCAGGGAUCAAUUGAAAAUGCUGACGCCACUAAAGAGAUCACUAGAAAUGCUUAAAAAAGUUUACGGCGCGCAAAAUGCGCUUUGCAGUAAAGUUGCUCUGUGGAUAAAAUUCACUUUCAUUUUUCAAAAUUUGCACUCAAUUUUUUCCUAUUUCCACGGUCAUUGAAGUUUCCGAAUAAGAAAGAGAGAAGGAAUAUCGGAAAUAUUUAGCCUUGGCAAAAAUUAAGAUUCCCUGAUACUUUUUUGUCAUAGCGCGAGUUCAAAUUUUCAGAAAACAAAGCUUUUGAAAACAAAAAAUUCACGUUUUACUAACGGUUCUGCUUUCAAAUUGCAUAUUAUAAGGUCUGAAACUUCAGGAAGCAUCUCGAUCUGCGGUCACGACGUCGCGUCGGAACUCGGCGAGUGUCGAAAAAAAUUGGCCUUUGUCCGCAGUACAAUCCGCUAUACGAUAAACUGACCGUCGAGGAACACUUGUGGCUCAUUUAUGGACUCAAAGGCGCCCAGAUGGAGUUGUUCAAAGACGAGGAGGACGAGCUCCUGGAGCAUCUCAAGCUGGAUGACAAGAGGAAUGAGGUACGAGGGUUGAUAAACAGGAUUUUUUAAGGAAACGUGUCAAAAUAAAUCGAGUUUAAACAUUUUUUUUUUUCUCUCGAGAAGACAGGGACUUGGUUGAUUGGAGUCUGAAGAAUGAAUUAAAUAGUUUUAUCAUGACUUCAGUUUGGAACGUUCAGGGAAACCUUAUAUUUUUUUAUUCCAUGUGUAAUCACUUUCAAGGAGCCAAAAACAUCGUCUUUAAAGUUCAAGCUCUUCAUUUGAACUAUCAGAAGCUUCUGAGACUUUUUUUGCCAGCUUUCGAUGAACCUUUCCGGCGGAAUGAAACGGAAACUGUGCGUUUGCAUGGCGUUGAUCGGACAAAGCGAAGUCGUUCUUCUGGACGAACCGACGGCGGGAAUGGAUCCCGGCGCCAGGAAAGAUGUGCAGGCGAUUUUGGAGAAGGAGAAGGCUCAGAGGUACUGGAAAAAAAAUGUUCUUGAAAUUACUCCGUUGUGUGCCUUUUAUUAAGCCUUCUUACUUCUCUAGAAAUUUUUUGAGCUCGAAAAAUAGGUAAAAACAUGAAAAGAAACGAAAAUUAAUUGAAAUGGGUUCACAAAAAGACGGAAAAAGGUCGCUAAAGGGUUUUUUUUGCGCAUUUUAACAAGAUUUGCAAGUUCUUUUCAAAUUUUCAAGCUCUACCAAGUAGAGUUCUCAAAACCGAACGUUCAAAAAAUGACCGUUUAAAAAAAAUGAACUUUUUCAUUUUUCGAUAGUUUACGGAUAUAUCAUUUUCAAACGUUCAACCAAAAGUUCGAAAAUUGUUUUCUUAUAAUAAUGAACGUUUGCUUUUCACAUAAAAAAAUGAACGUUCAUUUCUUGAUCGAACUUUUUACGAACGGAAAAUAAACGUUCAUUUUUUGAACGAACUUUUUGAAAAUGAAAAAUGAACGUUCAUUUUUUGAGCAAACUUUUUACGAACGGAAAAUAAACGUUCAUUUUUUUGAACGAACUUUUUGAAAAUGAAAAAAAUGAACGUUCAUUUUUUUCGGACGAACUUUUUACGAACGGAAAAAUAAACGUUCAUUUUUUUGAACGAACUUUUUCAAAAUGAAAAAAAUGAACGUUCAUUUUCUUGAUCGAACUUUUUACGAACGGAAAAAUAAACGUUCAUUUUUUGAACGAACUUUUUACGAACGGAAAAAUGAAACGUUCAUUUUUUUGAACGAAACUUUUUUCAAAAUGAAAAAAAUGAACGUUCAUUUCUUGAUCGAACUUUUUACGAACGGAAAAAUAAACGUUCAUUUUUUUGAACAAACUUUUUGAAAAAUGAAAAAAAUGAACGUUCAUUUUUUUGAACAAACUUUUUUUGAAAAUGAAAAAUGAACGUUCAUUUUUUUGAGCAAACUUUUUACGAACGGAAAAAUGAACGUUCAUUUUUGAACGAACUUUUUACGAACGGAAAAAUAAACGUUCAUUUUUUUGAACAAACUUUUUGAGAAAUGAAAAAUGAACGUUCAUUUUCUUUGAUCGAACUUUUUACGAACGGAAAAUGAAACGUUCAUUUUUUUGAACAAACUUUUUGAAAAUGAAAAAAUGAACGUUCAUUUUCUUUGAUCGAACUUUUUACGAACGGAAAAAUGAACGUUCAUUUUUUUGAACGAACUUUUUGAAAAUGAAAAAAAUGAACGUUCAUUUCUUGAUCGAACUUUUUUUACGAACGGAAAAUGAACGUUCAUUUUUGAACGAACUUUUUGAAAAUGAAAAAUGAAACGUUCAUUUUUGAACGAACUUUUUACGAACGGAAAAAUAAACGUUCAUUUUUUUGAACAAACUUUUUGAAAAAUGAAAAAUGAACGUUCAUUUUCUUUGAUCGAACUUUUUACGAACGGAAAAUGAACGUUCAUUUUUUGAACGAACUUUUUGAAAAUGAAAAAUGAACGUUCAUUUUUUGAGCAAACUUUUUACGAACGGAAAAUGAACGUUCAUUUUUUGAACGAACUUUUUGAAAAUGAAAAAUGAACGUUCAUUUCUUGAUCGAACUUUUUACGAACGGAAAAUGAACGUUCAUUUUUUGAACGAACUUUUUGAAAAUGAAAAAUGAACGUUCAUUUCUUGAUCGAACUUUUUACGAACGGAAAAUGAACGUUCAUUUUUUGAACGAACUUUUUGAAAAUGAAAAAUGAACGUUCAUUUCUUGAUCGAACUUUUUACGAACGGAAAAAUAAACGUUCAUUUUUGAACGAACUUUUUGAAAAUGAAAAAAAUGAACGUUCAUUUUUUGAUCGAACUUUUUUGAACGGAAAAAUGAACGUUCAUUUUUCGAACGAACUUUUUUACGAACGGAAAAAUGAAACGUUCAUUUUUGAACGAACUUUUUACGAACGGAAAAAUAAACGUUCAUUUUUGAACGAAACUUUUUGAAAAUGAAAAAUGAACGUUCAUUUCUUUUGAACGAACUUUUUACGAACGGAAAAUGAACGUUCAUUUUUUUGAACGAACUUUUUGAAAAUGAAAAAAAUGAACGUUCAUUUUUUUGAACGAAACUUUUUACGAACGGAAAAAUGAACGUUCAUUUUUUGAACGAACUUUUUGAAAAUGAAAAAUGAACGUUCAUUUCUUGAUCGAACUUUUUACGAACGGAAAAUGAACGUUCAUUUUUUGAACGAACUUUUUGAAAAUGAAAAAAUGAACGUUCAUUUUCUUUGAUCGAACUUUUUACGAACGGAAAAAUGAACGUUCAUUUUUUUGAACGAACUUUUUGAAAAUGAAAAAAAUGAACGUUCAUUUUCUUUGAUCGAACUUUUUACGAACGGAAAAAUGAACGUUCAUUUUUGAACGAACUUUUUGAAAAUGAAAAAUGAACGUUCAUUUUUUGACGAACUUUUUACGAACGGAAAAUAAACGUUCAUUUUUUGAACAAACUUUUUGAAAAUGAAAAAUGAACGUUCAUUUCUUGAUCGAACUUUUUACGAACGGAAAAUGAACGUUCAUUUUUUGAACGAACUUUUUGAAAAUGAAAAAUGAACGUUCAUUUUUUGAGCAAACUUUUUACGAACGGAAAAUGAACGUUCAUUUUUUGAACGAACUUUUUGAAAAUGAAAAAUGAACGUUCAUUUUUCGGACGAACUUUUUACGAACGGAAAAUAAACGUUCAUUUUUUGAACAAACUUUUUCAAAAUGAAAAAUGAACGUUCAUUUCUUGAUCAAACUUUUUACGAACGGAAAAAUAAACGUUCAUUUUUUUGAACAAACUUUUUGAAAAUGAAAAAUGAACGUUCAUUUUUUUGAACAAACUUUUUUGAAAAAUGAAAAAUGAACGUUCAUUUUUUUGAGCAAACUUUUUUUACGAACGGAAAAUGAACGUUCAUUUUUGAACGAACUUUUUACGAACGGAAAAAUAAACGUUCAUUUUUUUGAACGAACUUUUUACGAACGGAAAAAUGAACGUUCAUUUUUGAACGAACUUUUUGAAAAAUGAAAAAAAUGAACGUUCAUUUUUUUCGACGAACUUUUUACGAACGGAAAAAUAAACGUUCAUUUUUUUGAACGAACUUUUUACGAACGGAAAAAUAAACGUUCAUUUUUGAACGAACUUUUUCAAAAAUGAAAAAAUGAACGUUCAUUUCUUGAUCGAACUUUUUACGAACGGAAAAAUAAACGUUCAUUUUUUUGAACAAACUUUUGAAAAAUGAAAAAUAAACGUUCAUUUUUGAACAAACUUUUUGAAAAUGAAAAAUGAACGUUCAUUUUUGAACAAACUUUUUGAAAAAUGAAAAAUGAACGUUCAUUUUUUUGAGCAAACUUUUUACGAACGGAAAAAUGAACGUUCAUUUUUUUGAACGAACUUUUUACGAACGGAAAAAUAAACGUUCAUUUCUUUGAUCGAACUUUUUACGAACGGAAAAUGAACGUUCAUUUUUUUGAACGAACUUUUUGAAAAAUGAAAAAUGAACGUUCAUUUUUCGGACGAACUUUUUACGAACGGAAAAAUAAACGUUCAUUUUUGAACGAACUUUUUACGAACGGAAAAAUAAACGUUCAUUUUUUUGAACGAACUUUUUUUCAAAAUGAAAAAAAUGAACGUUCAUUUCUUGAUCGAACUUUUUUUACGAACGGAAAAUAAACGUUCAUUUUUUUGAACAAACUUUUUGAAAAAUGAAAAAUGAACGUUCAUUUUUGAACAAACUUUUUGAAAAUGAAAAAAAUGAACGUUCAUUUUUUUGAGCAAACUUUUUACGAACGGAAAAAUAAACGUUCAUUUUUUUGAACGAACUUUUUUACGAACGGAAAAAUAAACGUUCAUUUUUUUGAACAAACUUUUUGAAAAUGAAAAAAAUGAACGUUCAUUUUUUUGAGCAAACUUUUUACGAACGGAAAAUAAACGUUCAUUUUUUGAACGAACUUUUUGAAAAUGAAAAAUGAACGUUCAUUUUUCGGACGAACUUUUUACGAACGGAAAAUAAACGUUCAUUUUUUGAACGAACUUUUUCAAAAUGAAAAAUGAACGUUCAUUUUGGUUGAACGUUCAAAAGCGAACUUUAAUAAAAUGACCUUUUGAACGAAACGUUCAAUUCAAACUUUAACCAAAAGUUUGGUUUCAACAUUUGUUCGAAAAAUGUUUGGUCGAACGUUCGUUCGAACGUUUGGUUUUGAGAACUCUACUACGAAGGGUGAAAAAACGAAAGGCUGGAAAAAAAAAUACGUUUUCCACUUUUUUCCGGAAAUUUUUAAGGGGACCCUACAAGGGAGGUCAUUUUUCUUUGCGGUCGGGAAUUUCCUGAAAAUUGGUCAGAACACUUCUUGAGACAUCAGAACAUGAUAAGUCUCAAGCCCGAAAAUGUCCCAUUAUAACGGUUUUCUAGGGUUUUCUGGAGUUUGAGGAACCUGUUUUUGAAAAAUAGCAAGUUGAGCUGGUUAGGUCUUGCAAGAGGGCAUCAAGGAACGCUCUGGCUAUUUUUUAAAAAAUUUCCAACCCAAAAGUAAAAAGACCCCCCUUGUUCGACGAAAACUUUGAUAGAAUAGAAAAUUCUUCAGAACGAUCCUGCUGACGACCCACUACAUGGAUGAAGCUGAAAGAUUAGGAGAUUGGGUCCUGAUAAUGUCCUACGGACGGCUGGUCGCCUCCGGCAGCAAUCAGUACUUGAAACAUCGGUUUUUGAACCGGAAAAUAAUUGUGAAUUUACAAAAAAGUCUAGAUUUGGUACUGGAUACCUGCUCACCGUGGUUUUCGAUCAUAAAAGCGACAAGAAGGUCAUGGGGAUCAUCCUCGAACAGAUCUGUCAAGCCUACGUCGAGGAAGCGAAGAAGGUAUAGUUCCUGAGGAGUUUAAAGGCGCGGAGAGGAGUUUGGGAGAAACAUUUUGGCGCGAAAAUUUGAAAUGACGUCGUUUUUGAUUUUUUCCCAGUAUGAUUCAAGCCAAACCUUUAGAAGCCAUGUAAAGUGUAAAAUAAGGUCUCGUAACGUAAUGCGAAUUAGUAAGGUUUUUUGAAAAAUUUAAAGGCGCAGGAAGGAGUUUGAGUGAAAAUUUUUGUCGCGAAAAUCAGAAAUGACGUCGUCUUUGAAAUUUCGUAGUAAGUUUUGAGCGGACUUGGUGUUGAUUCAAGCCGAACCAUGCAAAUUACUUGAAAAAGUGGUCUCGAAACGAAAAGCGAGAUAGCAAGGAAAAAUGAGAGUUAUAUGGAAGCUCGAGCUUUUGUGUUGUAGCGACUAUAUUUUAGUGAAUAAAUUGAUAAAUUUUUGCAAAAGAAAAAACUCCUUUUUUGUUUUUGUUUUUUUUGCACACUGUCUCGCCCUUUCGUUUCAGGACCUUUUUUCCAGAAACGAGAGUCCUUUAAUUGUUUCUAAAGAGAUCUGUUAAGGGAUUUAUUGCAGGGAGAACAACACGGACAGCAAAUUGAGAUGAUCCUACCCGAAAAGAGCAAAACGCAAGUUUUUGGAAAAAAAUAAAAAAAGAAAAUCAGAUUUUUUUCCAGUCAGUUUGUGUCGCUUUUCCGAGCCUUGGAAGCUGUUCAACAACAAGAGUUUGAAAAAAACUAAAAAAAAGAAAAAAAUAAUUUUUCAGUUAUAACUCUCGGAAUUUGGCUCGGGUCUCAACGGAUACACUGACUGAAAUUCGGAAACAUAAUUUCAAUAUUACGAAUUUUGGGCUGUCGCUGAACACUUUGGAACAGGUUCGUUGAAGUUUUCGAUCUUCGGAUUUCUACAGUGGCCCCUAGAGGGGUUCAGGGAAGUACUAUCCCCAGGGACAAAAAUGCUCCCUUUAGGAGGUUCUUAUAAAGCUUAGGGUCUGAUUCCUAAGCUAUUAAAGCUGAAGUGGUCUCUACAGGGAUAAGAAUCUAAAAGGUCGAUAAUAUUCUUCUUCUUCUUCUUUUCUUUUUCUUCGUCUUCUUCUUCUUCUUACGCCUUUGUACCGCUUGAGCGGCCCCAAGUCGAUGAGCCGAGGACCUAUCCUGAUGAUGAUCAGUGAUAAUCAGUGGACUGGCUCCAGUGACAUAUCUGUCCUGUGUGGAACGGUUAGGAGAUUUCGAAGUCGUGGUUUCCCACUACCAAAAUUUCUCAAACCCCCUUGGUUGGGUCGGGGCGGGGAUCGAACUUGUGACCCUGUGGACCGUAGACAGCCACACAACCUGUUGCGCUACGGCGCGCCCCUAAAAAUCAAUAAAACUUGAUCGAUUGAUCCUCUUUUGACAUUUUACAUGCAAAAAAGCCAAUACAUUCAGUUUCUUGCUCUAAAAUGUUUCAUAUCAUUGUCUCAUAACAAUAAGAAACUGGCAUACAGUCACGACUUGAAAUUUCACCGAACGACAUUCCGCUGUUCCGCUGCGUGCGUUCGCGAAGCGUCUUUCGAAUCUAGGUCACACUUUCAAUUGAUUGUUAUUUCUAUGGGAGCACAGGAAAGUAGGUACCUUAAUAAAGGAAAAAAACAUUAAGAGCGCGAACAAGGCGCGCAGCGGAACAGCGGAAUGUCGUUCCAUGAAAUUCCAAGUCGUGGUACAUAGGCUAUACUCCCCUAUACAAGUCGCCCGUACUUUAUAGCAUGUCCAAAAAAAUAAUUGAUCAAUAAAUCAUAUUUCUGGAAAAAUUUGAAAUCUUAUUGAAACAUUACUGUGUGGUUAUCCAGGUUUUCCUGCGAGUUGGGGAUUUGGCCGAAGAAAAGGAGCGAAUGAGCCGACAGGCUAGUUAUGUCAGCAGAUCCCAUUCUGGUGUCAGUUCUCUUCAAGUCAAGGUACCAUUUAAUCAAAUUUUAGAAAAAACAAUACUUUUUUCAGACAAAUUACGACACUCAGCAAAGCACGAAAAGCGAAGACAGCUAUAAUCUUCUCAUCGAAAGUCAAAUGGGUGGGUUUUGGGAAGCUUAAAAAAUUCAGAAACGGAGAUUUUUGGUUUCCUGCGCAAAAAAUGUGUGAGAGCUCAUAAAAUGAAGAAAAUCAAGUUCGCUCCAUUGAGAAUCGCUCAAGACUAGCUUGGGACCAGGCUGGGCGGUCCGGCCCGGGCUUUGGGUUUUUGAGAAGGAGCCUGCGCGGGCUCGGGCCAGGCCCAUUUCCAAAAAAAAGCGUGAUUUUUGUCGCAAAAAGGCUUGAUACUCGACUUGGAAAAAAUUGAGCUUUUUGUACCAAUCCGGCCUUUUUCGGGCCUCCCUGGGGCUCGCCCGAGCUUGCUUUUGCCGCAAAGGGGCGUGGCCUGUCUGCGCUCUCCACCAACCAAGCAAUAUCUCUUUUCUGAUCGUGUCAGGACCAUUUUUUAUAGGACUCAAAAAAAAAGCCCUGAAAAUAUAAUUGAUUCAAAAGGCUGUUCAGAGUAUAUCAUCGAAAUUUGAGAUGCAAAAUUUUUUUUCAGAUUUUUCAAGCCAACUCUAGUUUCUGAACAGUCUUGGUAGCGUUAAAAUCCGAAAUUCUUGAUUUUUUCCGAUUUAUUUGAAAUUUUUUCCAGUCGCCCCCCAGAAACGAGGCUUCAAACGAGUUUGGGCCCAAUACUGUGCGAUUUUCCGUAAACGGAUAUUGUACUCGAUGAGGAACUGGCCGCAGUUGAUCAGUCAGGUCGUCGUUCCGUUGAUCCUCCUUGGACUCGUCGUCAUGAUCUCCAACUGGACCAGAACCAAGGAGGAUGAAGGUUAGAUUCAAAUGAGGAAAAAGGAAAGAAAUAUCUUUCUUUACUGUUUCUGAAAGCAAAUGAAAGUUAGGUGACUAGAAUAAUAUUUAGUUACUUUACUUUACAAUUUAUUAAAAUAAAAUCUGCACCUGCUAAGAGAAUCAUUCUUAGGGGCGCCAGAGUGGUCCCUUAAGUGGAAAUUCAAGGAGCUCUUGUAGGCUUCCCUCAAGGGACCACCUCACCUUCCCCUAGCUUGCAAAAGUGGCCGCUUUAGGGGAGCAUUCUAGUGGUCCCUAUACGUCUUUUAAACUCUCAAACCAGUACAAAAACUUGGAAGAUCACUUUAGGGACCACUUAAGCUUUAGGGGCUUAUGCGUCAGAAUCUAAACUCCUAUAGAGGCCACCUAAAUUAUAGCCAUGGACUUUUCUUUUCUUAACCCUCAAGGGACCACUUUACCUUCACUGAAGCUUAUUUAAAAGCUUAGAAAUUAAACCUUAAACCCCUAUAGGGACUAUUUAAAUUGUAGCCCUCUAGCGAGCUUUUUUCCACUAUUCGGGAUUUUUCCAGACCCCUCUAGUGGCCACUCUGGCGUUGUAAAUUCCUAAAUCUCUUCACGGUUAUUCUAGCUAGACAAAUGAAAGUUCGAGAAUUUUAACAAUAAUGAACGAUAAUGUUAAUGCAGCCCGACACUUGUCGAUGGACUCCUUCGGGUCCUCCCGGGUCGUUCUCCAUGGAUCCAACGGCUCUUCGACCUUUGCCCGGAAUUUCGAAACCGCCAUCAAAUCGUGCGAUUUCACGGUGGAACGCUACCCGAUAACCUACCCGUUGAACAAUAUUUCCAACGAUUUGGCUGGGGUGAAUAUUUUUCUGGAAAUCGGGGUCGCAUUUGGAAUGGGUUUUAUGAAAAUUCGAGAAGGGCGUUUUUUUAAACUGUUUAUUGCAUCUUCAAUGUAAGAAUACAUGUGCAAUCGACUUUCAUUGAUUUGACUGUGUUUAAACGGCGGCAGGAGCUGUGGCUUAGGCAGAGAAGUUGUGAAUUUCGCUCGUAGAACAUCAGGUACAAGAGAGACUGGUCCUUCGAGGUACACUUUCAGGGCCGUGAAAAGGGCGUAUUUUUCUACAAUAUUUUUGAUCAAUUUUAAGCUUGCUGGGCUUUUUUUUGGGUUUUUCACUGCUUCAUGCAGAGAAUAGAACAUCCAAAAUCUUCGAAUUAAAAUUAAAAUUAUAGUUAAGAUCCAAAAAUAAGGUGAAAUGAACAUGAAAAAAAAAAUGAUUUUUGAACUUUUCUUAGGGUGAACUUAUAUAUUCUGACAAUCGAAAAUCCUAGAAAAUUUCGUAAGUAGCGGUAGAAUUAAUUCACCAUUGAGUUGAGAGUCAAAAAAAAAAGACUGCAGCGAUGUCUGAACCUCUUCAUUUCAUUCACUGUUUUCAUCAUUCCAACAAGAUUUUUUUUCAGCAAUUUUUGCAGUUAAAGCUGAUUUUUAAUCGAAAGGUUUAGUGUUUCUCAGAGCGCGCGACCCAAAGCGGUUUACGCUUGGCUUUAUUUAACAAAGAUUGAAACAAGUCGGUGAAUUAACCAUUUUUUCAUAUAGAAUAGUCUACACUAUCAGAAGAUCGAAAAAUGUUUUUUCAAAAUUUUCAAAUCACGUAAAACUAGACCGAUUUGUAAGGGAAAAAGGGUUUCCUAGAAUAUUUCAAGUUUUUUUGAAGUUAUUGAAUUUUUCUCAAACAUGUCAAAAAAGAGAAAUUAACACAAGAUGUUGAAAAAUUAAAAAUAUUUUUUUAAUAUCGAUCCAUUCCAAAUGCGACCAUUUACGAUUACUUGAAACUGUCUGGCUACUCUGCGCUCUCUUCUCUCUCACCAGAGAGGUUAUGGACACCAUAAAAUAGCAAAUAAAAACGGGAGAGCCCAGAGAAAUCAGAAUUCUUUAAGUUGGAAAAAAUCGAGAAGUUGAAUUUCAAAAUUUUUCCAGGAAUUACCGGCGCCAGGCUUCGGCGCGGCUUUCAUGGACGACGGCUCUUACUUGGGAUAUUUCAAUUAUUAUGCUUAUCAUUCCCUUCCAACCAUUGUUAGUGCAGUGAGCCAGGCCAGACUUCCACAGGGAAAAGGUUGAAAUUUUGAAGAAAUAUUGAUUUUUUGAAUAAAAAUGAUUUAGGAACGAUUUCGGCGUCAAUGUACCUUUACUCCAAGUAUUCGGAAUCUGGAAAGGUGGGGAAAAGUUUUGAAAAAUGGUGAUCUGCAAGGCCAAAGUGGUCCUCAAAGGGAAAAACUGCCCUUAUAAGGCACUGGAUGAGCUAUAAUUUAAGUAGUCCCUAUAGGGGCUCAGGGUCUGACCCUAAAACCACGAAAAGUCCACAUACUGGGAAUAUUUUAAAUGGUCACUGUAGAGGCUCGCCAAGGACUACUUGGAGAGGACACUAAAGUGACCACUAAACCCACCUCUAUGAUGGCCACUAUUUUCCGCUUUAGUGGCCACUAUAGAGGCUCGCCAAGGACACUAAAGUGACCACUAAAACAACCUCUAUAGUGGUUAUUAUUUUCCGUUUAGUGGCCCCUUCAGUAGUUUUUCAUCCAGUAUUCCUUCCAGUAACUCUGAUAAUCUUAAAAAAAAACAGCUUCGAUCAGUUAUGUUUAUCCAUUGACCCCUAAAGUGGCCACUAGAGAUUUUAGUGGUCUAGUAGUAGCCCUUAGACCUCUAUAGUGGCCACUAACUCUUAACCCCUUAAGUGACCUUUCAUUUGACUACUAUAGUGGCCACUGAAACGUCAAAACCCCAUAGUGGCCACUAAAAAUUUUCCCAGUAGGAGUCUUUCAAUAUUUCGUUCUGAUUUGAAACUUUAAAAGACGUAUAGAGAUCAUUAGCAUGCAUCCCUAGAGUGGUCACUUUUACGAGCUUUAGUGCUCCCUAUAAAAGAAGGUAAGAUGGUUCCUUGGCCACACUGCCACUCUAGUGCCCACUUCAAUCAUUCUGUUGAUUUUCCAGUGUUCUUUAUGUUUCACGUCCACACUAUAUAACUUGAUUCAAAAUAACUGUGUUAUGUUUACUGCAUAUGGUACGGGCAAACUGAGCUAACUGAGGAGUUUUGGGACUUUUCUGGAACGCCAGAGUGGUCCCUAAAGUGGAAAUUCAAGGAGCUCUUGUAGGUUCCCUUUAACGAGCAUUUUACGUCUCUUAAAGGGGCACUAAAUAUUGCAAAAGUGAUCCCUAUAGGGAUUAUGGUAAAUGGCCUUCUAGGGGGAAUGAUAUGGGUUCUUAUACGUCUUUCAAACUUUGUAACUAAAAGGAAGUUUAUUAGACCUCUAUAGGGACCAUUUGAACUUGAAAGCUGAUUUUUUUUUCUCCUACCCCUAUAGGGAUCACUCUGGCGAUACUUAGUAGAAUAGAGAGAAGCGCCGGAAAAAGAAUAUUAAUAAUAUUUUAACGCGAAACGAUUCAAGAAAUAUUAAUCUGUUCUUUUUUUUGAAAAUUCCGCUUUCUUUCUAGAGAUCUUACAUGGGUACAUUACAACGUAAAAAGUGCUCGAAAAUUAGUUCUGAAAUCAAAAACUUAGAUCUUCUCCGGAACCAUCAUCGACAUGUUCCUCUCGCCACUGUUGGUCCUGGUUUUUGCCAUGCUCACCUCGACUUUUGUCAUGUUCUUGAUCGAAGAGAGAGUUUCGCAAUUUGCCCACCAGGUAGGGUUUUAUCAGUGGAGCGCACUUGUAAAAUUUUAAAUUCGGCUUUUUUCUCAACGCGUUUUUUGGUCUCUGAAAGAAAAAUUUUUCUAAAGAAAAGUUGUUAAGUUUUCUCAAGCCGAAAAAAAACGGAUUGAAAUUGAGCUUCACCUUUUCACUUUCAAGUAUAGAUUUAUCGAUGGGGCGUACUUGCAAACCUUAAGUUCGGCUGUUUUUUCAAUGCGUUUUUUGGGUCUUUUCAACGAGAAACUUUUCAAUUUUUUCAAGUCAAAAAUAACCGGAUUGCAAGUUGAGUUUCACAUUUUAUCCGUGGAGCAAAUUUGAAAACUAACAGGUGGCUGUUUUUUCUCACUCGACUCUAAUUUCUGAAGAGCUGGAGAUUUAUAAGCCAAAGUGAAAAAUGAGAAGUUUUUUUCAUUUUAUUUUUUUGUUAAAAAAACAGUUUUUUUAGCCUUAGAAUUUGUAUUUUUUUUAUUGUGCGGCCAUUUUUAGGGCGAAAUUUGAAAGAUUCCACGAGUUUUUUUAAAUUUUUUUAAAAACAAUUUGUGAGCUCCGAUCAGGUCUUUUUACACUAUCUAUUAAAAUUUUAGACAGUUAAUGAUUAAUUUUUCUUAUUUGAACUUGAUUCUCUAUAGAGCGCAUUUGAACAUCGAGGAAAAAAUAAACAAGUAAAAAAGUAUUUUUUCAGCAAUCCUUGACCGGGAUCUCGCCGUUCGUCUUCUGGUCGGCUUCCUUGCUUUUCGAUUUGAUAUUUUAUGCAAUCGUUUGCACAAUUUUCCUGCUGAUGUUCAUUUUCUUCAAUUGGAUGCAUGGAUACUUGGGAUUGUGAGUUUUUUUGCGACGGGAAGGGGGGAUUUUUUUAAAGGGUCCUAUCAUCUUUUUUUCUCCCCUAACCGUCGAAAAAAAUAUCGUUUCAUGAGGAAAAAAAUACUUUAAUUUAACUUUUUAAAAACCAAAAAAAUUUGACUUGUUCAGUUACUAAGAAAAAUCUUCAUUGCUUCCGUGUUCAGAAAAAAUAAAUUUCAUUCGAAUUUAGAAAUUCAGUUCUGCUGGUUCAUUUUUGAGAAGAAACACAGUUCAAUUCGUUUUGGAGCUUUUUUUGAAGUUGAAAAAAUCGGGUUCACUUCAAAUUAUUAAAUUUUUUGAACUUUUUUGCAGAUAAAGCCGAUGUAGAAAAAUGGCCAGUAUAGUAGUCAAAUUAGCGGCCACUCGAGGGGUAAAAAAAUUAAAGGCCACUAUAGAGGGCUAAUACUAGACCACUUAAAUUUUAGUGGCCACUUUAGGGGUCAAUGGAUCAACAUAACUGGUCCAAUCUGUUUUUUUUUAAAGUUAUCAGAGUUACUGGAAGGAAUACUGGAUGAAAAACUACUGAAGUGGCCACUAAAUAGAGAACCUCUAUAGUGGCCACUAAAACGGGAAAUAGUGGCCACUAUAGAGAAGGGUUUAGUGGCCACUAUAGAGAAGGGUUUAGUGGCCACUUUAGUGUUUAGUGGCCACUUUAGUGUUUAGUGGCCACUUUAGUGUCUUCUCCAAGUAGUCCUUCGCGAGCCUCUAUAGUGACCACUUAAAAUUUUCCCAGUAGGCCAUUAACUUGAAGUCAAAGAAAAAGAUUCUUUUAUUUUUCGGAAAGAAAGUAUAUUUUGUAUUUUUCCAGAGUCACCUUCCUCUGGUUACUGUACUUUUUCGCGUGUGUUCCUUUCAUCUACUCGGUCUCCUUCUUGUUCUCAUCUCCCUCGAAGGUUUGAUUAUCAACUUUUUAAAGGAAAUAGAGAAGAAAUUGCUAAUUUUCAGGCUAAUGUUCUUCUGAUCAUGUGGCAAAUCGUGGCUUCUUUUGCCGCCAUGUUCAUUAUGAUCGUCGUCGCGACGGUUAUCGAUAUCGACGCUUCAAUCAAAGAGUUUAUCAGGGUACUGUAAUAAUUUUAAAAAUUGUCUUGGUCGCAUGGAGAAUGGCUCAAAAGAUUGCGGAUUUAUGAUAGUGCAUCUCAAAAAAGCGAGAAAAAAAGAAGCUCAAAAACUUAGCUCGAAAAGAAAGAGAAUAUUUGCUCUAUGGAUAAAAAAAUAGGAAAAACUUAUUUUUGAAGUUUUUCAUAAUUUUUUUAAAUUUCACAAGACCUAAUUUCGAAUAAGUCUAUGAGAGUACUUAUCAGAAAAUACAGCGUUUACAUUUGAAGUGAAAUCUGAGGCUCGAAAAAAAAUUCCAAAAAAAAACCACAGAACUUGUAGCUCAAAAAAAAAGAGAAUAUUUGCUCUAUGGAUAAAAAUCGAAAAAAUUAUUUUUUUAUAAUUUCCAUGGAAAAAUAUGACUAUAGAAAUUCCUCUAUUUCGAGAAAAAAUUUUGGUCAGUAGCCGCGACGCGUUUAGCCAUUCCCGUGCGAUUAAUUUUUUUUUCCAUUUUUAGUUCAUUCUUCUGUUCCUGCUCCCCUCAUUUUCCUUCGGAACCGCCCUGAUCACUAUCAACACCAGUGGAAUAAUGAUGACGUUCGAUGAGUUAAUGCAAUGGGAUAAUCUCGGUUUUGAGAUCAUUUUUAUUUCCAAUCCAAAGAUGAUUUUCAGGAAAGAAUAUCGUCUGUAUGGCUCUUUUCGGCGUCGCUUCUUCGACCCUUUUCUUGGCGCUUCAGUUCAAGGUACGGAAAGAAAUAAUGAAAAUUGGCAAAAUCAGAUUUUCGCUCAUUUUAUUUAUUGAUAGAAGAUAUAGCCAAAAAAUCGUUUUUUUCUGAAAUCUUUUUGAAAAAGCUUCCUUCGAAAAUAGUUCCUAUCAUUUUACAUUUCGGUUUGGAACCCUCUGAAAAUUUGUAAGCACAUUCUUUGAUGUACCAGAAGAAGACCCUGAAAGUCCCAACCUGCCCAACUUCCUAGUUUUUGAGAAAGGACCCCUAAAAGUCAAGAAAUCCCUGAAAUUCCGUGGGCUAUUUUUGGGCAUUAUCUUCGAAGGUCAUUUUACUUUUUUGUUGGAAAUACCCUGAAAAUUGGCCAGAACACUUCUUGAUGUACCAGAAGAGGACCCUGAAAGUCCCAACCCGCCCAACUUCCUUGUUUUUGAGAAAGGACUCUUCAAAGUCGAAAAAACCCUCAAAUACCGUAAAAAAUGGGCUAUUUUGAGGCUUUGAGCCCUUAUUUCUCGAAAACUAGGAAGUUGGACGAGUUGGGACUUCUUGGAACUCUAUCUAGGACAUUGAGGAGUCUUCGGGCCAGUUUUUAGGAAUAUCCCAACUUCAAAGUUAAAUUACCCUUCAAAGUCGAAAAAACCCUCGAAUUUCUUUAAAAUAGGCUAUUUUUGGGCAUUGACCUGGGACUUCCACUUUUUGGUUGGGCAUUCUUCAAAAAAUGGCCAGAACACUCCUUUAUGUACCUCGAAUUCCGUUAAAAAAAAACCAUUUUGAGGCUUUGAGCCCUUAUUUCUCGAAAAGUAGGAAGUUGGGCAAGUUGGGACUUCUCGGAACUUUAUCUGGGAAAUAUAGGAGUGCUCUGGAUGAUUUUCAAAGAGCUCCCAAUUUUAAAGUGUAAUGAACACCUUGUAAGGCUUCUUUUAACAGUUCUGAUUUAGUCCUUUCAUCAACCUUUACUGAUUAAUUUUGCUGUCUUUUCCUUUUCUCACUCUUUCUUAGGCUUUUAAAAAAUUCUAACAAAGUUUAAAGGCUUGAUAAAAAGGCCCUAAAUUGAACCUUUCAGCGGCCUUUUUGUGUCCUAAAUUUCCAAACUUUGCAGCAAGUGCGACGGUACCUGCAAAGCUUGUGGUGGAGACCCCGUCGGACGAUGAGCAACGCCGUCGAAAGCGCCAUCCCAGUUCGAUUUGCCAAAAAAGAAGAAUUUGUAACGAUUGCCAUUUUUUAA